GUUUGAAGCUGGGAGCGGGCGCUCACUGAAGCAACGGCAGCAGUGGUUCCGUGAGGGGGCUCGAGAGCGGCCGGGAAGCCCCCUGGCCCUUCACCACCGACCGGCCCGGGCCUGGCCCUGGCCGCCCUUCACCACCGACCGGCCCCGGCCCCGGCCCUUCACCACCGGCCAGACCCUCCGGGGAAGGAGGAACAAGAUGCCUAACCCCGGAGAGAAGGCACCCCCCAGUGACUGCAGUGACCCAGAGAGCAUGCCCUGUAGGCCCAGGAGAGCGAGGCAGGCCCAGGAGAGCCAUGAUGGGGAUGUGCCCAGCCUCUGCCCACCACGGCUGCCAGUGUCCAGCCCUCCACAAGUUCUUUCCAUGGCAGAACUACUAGAAACAGCACAAGAGGUUUCCAGAAUGACCAUUGCACAUGAGAUUGUGGUGAACCGUGACUUCAGAUUGCAAGAGGUCAACUUCUCACCAAACAGCUUGGAAAGCCGAGUGAAGAAGACAUUGCACAAAGCUUUCUGGGACAGUCUAAAAGAACAGCUCUCUACUAGUCCACCAGACUACACGCAUGUGAUCCAACUGCUACGGGAAAUUAAAGAGACCAUACUGUCGCUGUUGCUGCCACGGCACAGCCGACUGCGGAACCAGAUUGAAGAAGCCCUGGAUAUGGAGCUGAUCAGACAGGAGGCUGAGCAUGGGGCUCUGGACAUCCCCAAUCUCACCACGUACAUUCUAGGUACAAUGGCGAUGCUGUGUGCACCUGUCCGAGAUGAGGAAGUGCAGAGACUACAGGGUGUGAGAGACCCAGUUCAGCUGCUCAGGGAGAUUGUCCGGGUGCUAGACCUGAUGAAAAUGGACAUGGUGAAUUUUACCAUCCAGAGCCUCCGGCCCCACCUGCAGGAUCACUCUGUCCAAUAUGAGCAGAAGAAAUUCCAGGAGCUCCUUGCCAAGCUGCCCAACAGCCUGGAUCAUACAACUGAGUGGUUACACAAAGCAGCAGCAGAAGUCUCUGCAUCUUCUCUGUCAUCCCCAUCCCAUCCUGAGGUCCAUGGAUCACCUGUUCCACUUUCACUGGGGGCUGGCAGCAGGAGCUCAGCUAUACCAAGUCCCGUGUCUGUGUUAAACCAGGGAUACAUGAAUCUACUCCACUGGGAGCCAGGCACAGAGAACUACCCUGAGACUCUGUUGAUGGACAAAGCCCGGCUGCAGGAGGUACAGUUGCAAGUGAAUCAGCUAACAAUCAUAGCUGCAGUCCUGCUGGUGUCCAGCAGUGUGUGUGGAAGUGCCUUGUUCAGCUCGCCUGGGUUUGUAGAUAGGCUGAAACGGGUAACAAAGGCCCUCUUGGAAGGGCUCCCUCACACAAGGUUUCAAGAAGCUUUACUGGACAUCAGCAAUCAUGUGCACCAGGAAGUUAGUGAGUGUCUCUUGCAACUGGGUUACCCUGCUUUCACAGAUGACAAAUCUGCUUCCCUUAAAGGCCAGAUAAGGAGCAUUGCAGAGGAGGACAAUGCAGUGCGGAGCGUAAUUGAGCAGCGGAUUCAUUCAUUUCUCGGCCUUCAUCUGUCUCCGAGUGCCCAGAACUCUCGCAGUCUCCCAAAAGGCCUUGCUCCAAUUCAGGAAGAACUGCUGGAAGUUGGCCACAGGUUUGGCAGCAUGAUUCAUCACAACAGGCAGGUGUAUGGACCCUACUACCUGGGAAUUCUAAAAAAAGUUCUCCUGGAGCCAGAAGCAGGAAUAGAUUCUUUCUAAGCCUCACAGAAAGAACCACAUGCACUGGGGACAGUUGACUCAGUUUUCAGAAUCAUGCUUUGGCUUGUGAAGUCUGUUGCAGCCAAGGAAACAGCUGUCCUGUUCUGGGGGGCAGCAGCAGCAUCCAAAGCACUUCUGCAGCUGGCAACAAUUACAUAAAUACCAACUGCCAAUUCCCCAUUUGUCUGAAUAAACCUUUAAACUAAAAAACAAAAAUUGCUCUUUUUUCCCAUACCUGCCAUUAGUUGGUCUCAUUACUUGGAGGGGCAGUGAAACAUUGAAUAAAUAUGGCAAGAUGGAUUUCAUAAUAUUGUAAUGUAUCCUGUGAAUUUGAACCCUGAUUUUUUCCUGCAUGGGCAUUAAGUGGUUUUAGCCUGCUUUCCAGACACCUAUUAGUCUCAGCUGAGGAUAGGGGGUUUAAGAUCCUUUGUGUUAAAAAUGACAGAGCUUAGUUUCUAAUGUAACUGAUAUACUCUUGAGUGUUAACUUUAAAAUCUGACUUACUUCAUAUGUGCCAUCUAUACUAGCUCAGGUUUUUAAUCCCCUAAGGCAGUGGUUCCCAAACUUGUUCCCCUGCAGGGCUGGGCCAGUUUGUUUACCUGCCUCAGCUGAUUGCAGCUCCCAUUGGCCUGGAGCAGCAAACUGAACUUGUUUUAGUUAAACAAGGGAAAUAUUUUAUCCAUCUGCAAGAACAGCCAUUUUGGUUCCAGGCACCAGCCACUGCUUAUUCCUUGACCAAAUUCAAAAUUUAAAAAUGAAAAUUAAAGACUUCCACACUAUCUACAUCACAGUAAACAAAGCAAAGGUGAGUGUCUGAGUUUAUUUAUUAAUUCAGUCUGUUCUAAAUUGUACAGUUAUGAAAAACAACAAAACGACCACUGGAAGCCCAGAAAUAUUUACAAUCUCGCCUUGUUGUAGUGAGGUCAGUCUAUGUUGUUGCACAGAUUGGUUAUGUUUGGUACCACAAGAUGUUUAAAAUUCAGACAAAUUCAAGCAGAUUAACAAUUGUAUAUACAGGAAAAUAAAAGAAAAUUCAAGUAUCAAAAUACAGAGA